UUUGAUCAGAUUACAUUUUUACAAAAAGAUAAUUUGCUAUAUGUAACGCAAAUAAUUAGUAGCAUUAAAUCUAUUAUUGUGAAAAUAACUUUGUAUUUAAAUAAAAGCAUUAACAUACCGGGAAUCUUCAUUUCAUUGCCCCACCCCCAUCCCCCGCACCACUGAUUAUAUACAGUACUCGCUCGCCCUUCCCGCCCCCAGUCCAAUUAAUGACCCCUCCUGUAUCAUCUCAUUGGACCAGUGUAUUUUAUUCGUGCAGUUUUAUGUAGAAAUCAAGCUAGUUUAAGGCAGUAGUUUUAUCAAAGUAAAGGUAAUACAACCAGGAAGAUUAAAAGUAAGGAUAGGCAUCUUCACUUCCGUCUUAAUUGGUGUUUAUGGCAUGUGCAUGACAGCACGUAUAAAUUAAUGACUGGAUUGAUAAACGUUGAAAAUGAAUGAAAUAUCAACAUUCAGAACCGAGUUCCAUACGGAAGGGGAAAAUAAUGAAACAAAGGUAGAUCCGGAUACAUUGCUUCGAGAACUAAACGACAGAACCGCACUCCGGUUCCUACCCGUAAUAAUCUACAUGAGUCUGUUGAUGCUGGUCGGGAUAUUCGGGAAUCUGAUGGUUUUGAUUGUGUAUCUCAGGAAGAGGUUAAAAUGCUCCUCGGAUUACUUCAUCCUAAAUUUAGCGUUUCUGGAUCUGUUGACGUGCUUGAUCGGCGUUCCCGUAGAAAUCGCGGAUCUUCGGGACCCAUACAUGUUCUACGCUCCGGCGGCGUGUAAACUCCUGAGAACGGUGGAGUCCUUCUCCAACAUGGGAUCCACCCUUACUCUUAUGGCUAUUGCAAUGGAUAGAUACAAACGCAUUUGUAAGUUAGGGGAGAGAUUUUCAAAUCCGAAAGCUAAACGGCUUUGCAUUGGCGCCAUUUUGAUCGGCGCUCUAACGUGCUGGCCGGCGGGUGUUGUGUUUGGAAAGAAAACGGUGGACGUCGGAAUUCCGGGCGCAAAUACUGCUGACUGUUCUACUGCAGAUGAAAUGAGAAACACGAUAUAUCCACUGCUGUACUAUGGACUUGUCAUGUUGUAUUUCAUUAUCUGUGUGAUAUUUGUUUUGUUUGUGUAUGUGAGAAUUUCAAUUUUCAUUCGACGGGGAAAGUCGAACCAAAAGAAGACGACAAAACCUACAGGGCCACCCUUGAAUCUCCACUCAAGUAAUGAUGGCCACACAGCCCUGUCUAGUGUAUCAGGAGAGGAGGAUGUAAAUAACCGACAAGUCAUUGAGAAAAAGGCCGUUGACAUUUCACAAGGCGGAAGAUUGGUUAACACCAUCAAGGUCACAAGAACCACAACUAUAUUUGUUGCCGUAACUGCUGCGUUUAUUCUAAGUUAUCUCCCGUUCCUUGUUGUCAUGGUAACGAGAAACAUUAAGAAAAACUUUGAGGACAUCUUAUCGCCUUCGGCCGAGGUUUUUUACAAGUUUUGUUUAAAGUCUUACUUCAUUAACAAUGCUAUUAAUCCCGUCAUAUACAGCUUUCUGAACAGAAACUUCAGAGCAGACGUGAUCAAUAUUUUCAAAUGCCGCCAUUGAAAUAUACACAAACAAAACGGAAUAAAUUAUGUUUGCUUAAAGGCAUUUUUAAAGAUUAUUUUACUAAAAUGUGAAUAAAAUGUCAAUGUUAAA